UGCUACGUCGGAAAAUACCUUAUCAUUCAUUCCUUCUGUGAGUCGCUCGGGUGUAGUGCGCUUAGUCACCGCCCGAUAGUAGAGUGAAAAGUGUUGUAAAUCCAUGUUUUCGAGCUUCGAACUCGGUUGAAAAAAGUGCAAAAUUGUGACUUAAUCUGCGGGUGACCUUGACCGUAUCUUCGGGUGGCAAAGCCAUCGCUGGAAGUGGCCAAAAUCUGGACUUAAUCAAUCGUGUGCGUGCGGAGUUUUAUUUUAAGUUCCUUCUGCGCGUUUGAAGGUGACUACGAAGUCGGAUUGAAACGAAGAGGAAAAACAAACUCAAGCUUGUGGUUGUGGAGAACGAGUAGAACGAAAAGGAGGAGGGGAUCGCGCACUCGGUCCGUGAAACUUUGUGGUUUGUUUACGUUUUCUUUGUUGACGGCGGACUGUGAACCUGCCUGUGGUGGGGUCGGCAGCUGAAGUGAAAAAAAAUCCAGAUCUGCGGUUCCGGAAGCACUCAGCAGCAGCAAAGAAGUCACCAUGAUGGAAGAAACCGAAGACAGCGACAGCUUCGCUGUUCUCGGAGUCGGGCGAGAUGUGAUUACAUCAGAACGAAACACCUCGGGAAGUCUAUCGCCCCAUCAACCGGAUGUUCUGGCCGAACUGGCACCGUUUCAUUCGCUGAACCUGGACGCCGACGACAGCGGAGAUCUGUCCUUGACCUUGAAUUCUGGCGAUUUCAACAAUGGGUUGAAACUGAACGGCGCGGUUAAAGCCAAAAGCUUCCUCCUGAUGGACGAGAAGGAAAACAUCCAACUGAAAUCGGCGGACCAUUUUUGCAAAAAGCUUGACGCGUCGCCCGAGAGCAAGUUGAAGGUGGUGUCCAUCUUUGGAAAUACGGGCGACGGGAAGAGUCACACCAUGAAUCAUGCAUUUUUCGGAGGGGUGGAGGUUUUUAAAACAUCGUCGGAGCAGACCUCGUGCACGAUGGGCAUUUGGGCGUCGUUCCAUCGGCAGUACAACGUCCUUUGUUUGGAUACCGAAGGGUUGCUAGGGGAAACGAUCAACGAAAACCGGCAAAUGCGAAUGUUGCUCAAAGUGCUGGCCAUUUCCGACAUCGUAAUUUACCGGAGGCGUACAGACAUGUACAAAUUUUUGGGGACGGCUUCAAAGGCAUUUACAAAAUACUUCUCCGGUGCGUUACAAUCCCUUAAUUUAGAGCUCACACCGCAAUCGCUUGGGCCAGCGGUGAUUAUUUUCCAAGAGACACAAAAUACGGAAAUUCUUAAGGAAAAUGCGGAAGGUAAAACCGAGGAGGACAUUUUGAGGGAAAGCUUCGCCAAACAGAAGCUGGAUCUGCUGGCAUUUAGUUCACUGCGCUAUGUGGGCAUUCAGACUAACCAUCCCCCCACAAACUACGAACCAUUGAAAAUGGCUCUGGAGAAGGAGCUGAAAAACACAACAGUCAGGUCUCCACGGCAACCGAAAGUGGUCUUCGAGGCUCUACUGGCCUUGAACAAAAAGUUUAACGGCGAGCUGUCCUCCCUAUCGAACAACACUUUCCCUGAGCAGUAUUUUACUUGUACUAAUUUCUGCAAGUCCUGUAAGGCACGCACCUUACAGCUUUCGAUGGGCCACCUGGACACUAAGGAGGAUCACCAUUUCUCCGGCCCGUGCACAUAUCAGCAUCAGUACGAGAACAAAGUUUACCUGUGCAACAAGUGCCAUGUCAACGGACGGCAAGUGGUCGUCAACAUAAAAACGCAAACGAGCAACGAUUCCUCCUGGCUGGGAUUGGCCAAGUACGCCUGGAGUGGGUCGGUCAUCGAGUGCCCCCACUGUGGAGAAAUUUAUCGCUCUCGGCAGCACUGGUACGGCAACAAACCCCCGGAGCAGACGUCUGUGAGAACCGAAAUAGUCCAUGUAUGGAAUGACGGUGGUUUGGUUAUUCGUGGUCCUACUCAUUCAGCUCAGCUAGUGUUGGACGGAGUCGCGUACCUAACUGAUGCGGUCGCCAGCGUUGGUGCGCAACCGACAAAAACACUCAAAUCCUGGGUAACGGACAAGAUGAGGCCAGCCUAUUGGCGACCGGACAGCGAGAUUAUUCAUUGCAAGGGAUGUACGGUUAAUUUUGAACGAUUGGGUCUCAAAAAGCAUCACUGCCGUAACUGCGGAGAAGGAUUCUGCAGCAGUUGCUCUAAGCACCGGAUGCCCGUGGCCAGUCGCGGGUGGGACGACCCAGUUCGGGUAUGCAAUGGAUGUCGCGAUGAACUGCAGCGAGCACUGCGAGCCAACGGAGAACCUAACGGAACAGCUGUCGUUGAUGAAGAAAUUGAACAAGAUCUGACGUCUUCUACAGGCACCAAUAACCCCGCCGAUGGGGACGUUCUGGCGCGAAAGUACGGCGAAGUGGUCAUCAACACCUUGAGCAACCUCGGUGCGGUUCUAGAGUAUCCCAAAGAUCUCAUCAAAGACGCCGCCCGGCCCUCGUACUGGGUUCCGGACGCGGAAGCUCCACGCUGCCACAUCUGCCAGAUGGUGUUCGGAACGCCCGAGGAAAUCAACUCGACAACGCCGUUAAUCCGGGCCGGUUCCCCCGUCAAUGGCCGACGCCAGUCGUCGCUCAGCCCGGCCGGGGACACCACCGUUGCCGUUUCGCCAUCGCGAUCACCGCCGUAUAACAGUUCCGCCUAUCAUGCGAUUGACCGGAAGCUCCAUCACUGCCGAGCGUGCGGAGAUGCCGUAUGUGCAACGUGCUCGGAACAUCGCCUGCCAGUUCCGAAGCGUGGCUGGACGAGUGAUGUUCGGGUAUGCGAUACUUGUUUCGCUAGUGUGGAUUGAACGGAACCCCUGAAGGCAGUUUUUGAAUGUGAUUGAACGCGAAUGAUAUAAAACUCUAUUGUGAUAGUUGAUUUAAUAAUGUUUAUCUUUUGUUUCUUAUUGUUCUUGAUUUCUUCGUGCGUCGAUCCAAGCUCAUUAGAUAGCACAAUUCUUGCGCAGACUGUUCACCUUGUUGAAUUUUUUUAGGAGAGACUGGAUAAUUAUUGUUUGUUUUUCUUAUUUUUUUCUUGAAAUGUUCUUCUAGACUUGUUAAAAGUGAAAAAUCAACUUGGGUCUCCUAUUGAAUGAAUGUCUUACAUAUUACAUCAAAAAUAAUAUUUAUGACCUAAAGCACAAACUCUAAAAUGUAAUAUUUCUUAAAUAUUAUGAAAUUAAAUAGUAAAACAUAGUACCAUUGGUUAAAAUAUAUACGUAUAUAACAACUGAUAAAAUAAA